CUAAUCACAAUCCUCAAGAUCCUAACCACUGCGGGCAUCCUCCGUCGCAUAAACCAAGCGCUCAACCGCCUAGCAUGGAACAACUGGACUCUCGGCCGCAGUGGCACAGGCUGGCAAUUCGGCCCUGGGAAGAAAGAGGUCGUGCUCAUCACGGGUGGAAGCAGUGGGUUUGGAUACGAGAUGGUGAAGUCCUUCUCGAAACAGGCGCGAGUCAUUGCAAUCGAUAUCUCCUCUUUCCCUCCGGAGCUGGAUGCCAUGCCUGACGUGCACUUCUACCAGUGCGACAUCAGUGAUACGGCGACGCUUGAGGGGGUGUGCGAGCAGAUCAAGAACGAGCACGGAACCGUCAGCGUGCUGAUCAACAACGCGGGCAUCGGGCUCGGGAAGACACUGCUCGAGACAAGUAACGCAGAAAGCCAAAAACUCCUCCAAGUCAACCUCUUCUCGCACAUGGUCCUAAUCCGGUCCUUUCUCCCCGGCAUGCUGGCACAAAGGAGGGGGCACAUCGUAUCCAUCGCCUCAAUGGCGUCUUUCGUCGCCGCACCCGGAUUGAUCGACUACUGCAUCAGCAAAAUCGGUGCUUUGUACCUGACUGAAGGACUGCGCGCGGAAUGCCUCGCGCACUAUCCCAACGGCAAAUCCAUCUGCACGACCUCCAUCCAUCCGAGUUGGCACCAGACGGGUAUUUUGAAGAACGUGGAUAGGGAUUUGCUGGACAAGCAUGGUAUUGUGUUGGAUCCGCCGACGAGAGUUAGUGAUGUGGUAGUUGAGCAGGUAUUGAAGGGACGCAGCGGGAGGAUUUGUGUGCCCGCGACUCAAGAGAAGCAUAUGGGGAUUAGGAAUUGGCCGAGGUGGGCGCAG